AUUGUAGCCAUUCCCACACCAUGGCUGACGGAAACGGGACAACAGAGCGGCGACGUAAAGUCGAGGAGGUCUUCAACGAGAAACAGUUGUAUCAUGUCGUGAACAAAUAUGUCGAUGAUGAAAGUUGGCGACUUAUUGGCAGCGAAGUGGCGCCCGCUUCUGAAACAAUGGCGGGUUUUUUAUCGGACCACUUGAAAAUAACAUUGCACGUGGAAGUAAAAGGGCGACAGGAAGAUAUACGCUUGUUCGUCAAACGUGUGCCCAGUGAUAAUUUACCAAAAGCAGAGUUCGUUGAGAUGAAAAAUUUUUUCAAGAAAGAAAUGGCAAUGUUUCAAAUGUUCGAGGAAAUGCAUACUACGGAAGAUCGUCCUUGUUUUGUUAAGGCACUGUAUUACAAUGACAAAAUGAUAGUGAUGCGUGACUUGAGCGUCGAUGGUUAUUCCAUACGACCAAAACUGGUGUGUAUGGAUCUGCCGCAUCUGCGUCUAGCCGCCGCAUCGAUCGCUAAGUUCCACGCUGCCUUCGUCAACUAUGAAACGACGAAGGCCAUUCAAAAAUCUUACAAUUUUCUAGACCAAUACGGCGACGUCGUGACCGAGACAGUGUACUUAGAUUCACCCUGGCUCCGAACCGGGGCCAAGCUCAUAGCGAACGUCCUUAAAAUCUUUUCUGAUAAACACAAAAAUCUAGUUCAAGACUUGGAAGACAAGAUUAGCGAUUUGUUCAUAAAAGCUUGCGACAGUUUCACCGAAUACAAAGACACAGUAAACGUGGCCAACCACAAGGACUUGUGGAAUAAUAACAUAAUGUUUUGUUACGAGAACGGUGCGCCGGUGAACGCGAUACUGGUCGACUAUCAAUGUAUCUGUUACGGGCCCCCCGCUUACGACGUUAUGCAAUUCAUGUAUUUCAACACAAGGAGAGAAUUCAGGAAGCAACACGAUGACGAUAUUCUGCACCAUUAUUAUACGGUGUUCAUGGAAUCAUUGGAUGAGGCCGCCGAGCGUAAAGUUAAAACGUUAAACUAUGAUAAACGACAGUUUCUGGAAUGGUGUGAGAGAGCACGGAUGUUUGGGAUGGUUGCGGCCCUUUCUCUAUUUCCGUUUGUGCUAAUGGAUCCACUUGUAUCUCAGAAGACUUACGAUGACCCGGCGACAUAUGAGAAGUACAUGAGCGAGGAUCGCACGGAGCCAGUGGUGGCCCACGCUAACGAGAGCCCGAUAUUUAAGGUGAGACUGGUGGAACUGGCAGAGGAAUUUUUCGAAAGGUAUAUUGUUGAUCAACCAUGAA